CCAAGGAACGACAAAGGAAGGGGUUAAUUAAUGAGCACAUCCUCUGCUCCACCUGGAGGUGUCAGGUUGGGAGGGAGGUGGGACGGGGCACCAGCCACAGCACUGGAUGUGACUGGGGAGCUCGGAGCAGUGCAGGGACCCCAGCCCAGCACUGAGGGGCUCUGGGCUGCACAGUGCUGCUGCCAUCCCUGCUUCCCAGCAGCGCAGCCCCUGAUGUCAAUGAGCAGCAGCGGAGCGGCCCGGAGGAGCGCUGCUGCUCCAACUCCUGCUCCACGCACGAAGCCACGUGGAAAUACACUCCAACUCCGCAGCAGCUCCCUUCGCCCACCGCCGGGGCAGGUCUCGGCCUGAAAUCCGCUGCGUGACAUCAGCAGGCUCAGCACGCACCUGUGCCUUGUUCCCAGAUUCCCUUUCGGAUGGGACCCCGUCCUCAGCAGCCAGGCACAGGCUGGGGGCAGCACGGGCGACCCACGGCCCCGGGGGAAGGCCCGGCUGCCCACAGCCCACAGUGCCACGGAUGGAGCUGGGCUCGAAACACGGUGAGAUCAACGCAUGAGAUCGGCGCAGGGACGGCAUCCCGCCGGGCCGCUGAAGCGGAGGGCGCGCGGCGAUGCAGAGCAUCAAGUGCGUGGUGGUGGGCGACGGCGCGGUGGGGAAGACGUGCCUGCUCAUCUGCUACACCACCAACGCCUUCCCCAAGGAGUACAUCCCCACCGUCUUCGACAACUACAGCGCGCAGAACACGGUGGACGGGCGGACUAUUAACCUCAACCUGUGGGACACGGCCGGGCAGGAGGAGUACGACCGCCUGCGGACGCUCUCCUACCCCCAGACCAACGUCUUCAUCAUCUGCUUCUCCAUCGCCAGCCCGCCCUCCUACGAGAACGUCAAGCACAAGUGGUACCCCGAGGUGUGCCACCACUGCCCCAGCGUGCCCGUGCUGCUGGUGGGCACCAAGAAGGACCUGCGCACCCACCCCGACACCAUGCGCCGGCUGAAGGAGCAGAACCAGGCGCCCAUCAGCACGCAGCAGGGCCUCAGCCUGUGCCGCCAGAUCCGCGCCGUCAAGUACCUGGAGUGCUCGGCGCUGCAGCAGGAGGGCAUCAAGGAGGUGUUCACCGAGGCGGUGCGCGCAGUGCUCAACCCCGCGCCGGCCAAGGCCAAGCGGCCCUGCGUGCUGCUCUAGGGCGGCGUGGGGCUGCCGUGCCCAGGGACACCGCCCCUCCGCCCUGCCCCACGCCGGGAGCCCCGGGCUGCGCCUCAGCCCCACGCCGCCCUGCCCGGCCCCACGCACCCCCAGGACCCGCGCGCCUCCGGCUCCGAGCGGCCCCGGCGCCGACGCAGCCGGUUCUGAGAGUCCCCGGCUCCGAGCACCCCCGGCUUUGAGCAUCCUCUGCUGAGCACCCCCGGCUCGGAGCACCCCCAGCCCUGAGCGUCUCCCGCUCCGAACAUCCCCAGCACUGAGCACCCCUUGCUCUGAGCAUCUCUGGCACUAAGCACCCCCCGCUCUGAGCAUCCCCAGCUCCAAACGUCCCCGGUGCUGAGCACCCCCUGCUCUGAGCACCCCUGGCUCUGUGAAUCUCCAGCUCCGAACGCACCUGGCUCUGAGCGCUGCUGGCACUGAGCGUCUCUGGCUUCGAGCCUCCCCAGCUCUGAGCACCCCUGGCUCUGCAGGCUCCCAGGCUCUGCCUCCCAUGGAGUGCAGCGCGGCCGAACUCCGCCAGCCCCAAGCUGUGAGCUUCAGUGCUACGGAGCCCAACUGCACUACCUGCCCGUUGGCCUGGGGCCGGCCGGGCUCCCUCCUGUCCCCUUCGUCCCCAU